UCGCGGGUGUUUGAUUGAAUGAAAGACUAAAUAUAAGCACAAUUUAAAGAAACAACUUAAAUGACUCGGGAGCCAUGUGGAUCCAGCGGAGUCUAGUGUUAUCAGCACUCAGUGUCUUGUUUGUAAUAAAUGCUGUGGUGAAUGGCAAAGCCGUCCCCGACAAGGUCUCAAGAGGUGAUGCAGCUCAAACUUUAACGUCCAUCAAAGGCAAUGGCGAUCUACAAGCAUCGGAAUCACAGGUGUCGCAAGUUGCACAACAACGAAUAGACUUCACCGAAUAUGAUGACCAUCAUCACGAGCACCAUCAUGAUCCUGGGUAUUGGAAAAAGAAAGUGACGUGGAAAGAGGGUUGGAAGAAAAUUUGGAAACCAGCAAAAAAACAAAUAUGGGUUCCACAGUGGAAACAAAUUUGGAAGCCGAUAUGGGUGCCGGUGAAGGUGCCUUCAUGGAAAGAGAUAAAAGUGCCGGCGUGGAAACAGAUUUGGAAACCAGUGUGGAAGGAAAUACAAGUCCCGGCUUGGAAAGAAAUACAAGUGCCAGAUUGGAAAAAGAUAUGGAAACCGGUUUGGGUGCCCACUAAGGUGCCAGCCUGGAAGGAUAUUCAGGUCCCAGCAUGGAAACAAAUCUGGGUGCCAGUAUGGAAGGAAAUACAAGUUCCUGCCUGGAAAGAGAUCCAAGUUCCCGAGUGGAAACAAUAUUGGACGCCAGAAUGGAUAAAAGUUGGCAUACCUGGUGAAAAGUUCUUGGGAAAAGAUCAUGAAGGUUGGGAAUAUACUAGCCAUGACCUAUGGAAAAAGAAACUUAUAUGGAAAUCGCAUUGGAAGAAAGUAUGGAAGCCAGCCAAAAAGCAAAUAUGGGUACCCAGCAAAAAGCUCGAAUGGAAAGAAGAAUGGAAGCAAAUAUGGAAACCAGCCAAGAAACAAAUUUGGGUUGAGGACAAAAAACUCGAGUGGAAGGAAGCAUGGAAACAAAUUUGGAAACCUGCUAAGAAAUUAAUUUGGGUACCCGACAAGAAACUUGAAUGGAAGGAAUCCUGGGUGCAAAUCUGGAAAACGGCCCAAAAACAAAUCUGGAUUGAAGACAAAAAACUUGAAUGGAAAGAAGCUUGGAAGCAAAUAUGGGUACCAGGCUGGAAAGAAGUUUGGGUGCCUGACUGGAAGAAAAUCUGGAAGCCAGUUAUAAUUUCUGAGUGGUUCCCCACGCCGGAUCAUCAUGAUCAUCACCAUGAAGAACAUGCUUGGGAUCGAAAAGACGAUAAACUCAACAAAGUAUUGUGGAAACGUGACGACAGCACUGCCGCUGGUCCAAAUGGAAAUACAAACAGGAAAUCCUCGCACCUUCAACCCAUCCAAACGGCAGACUUUCAAACCAAACAAACAUCCAAUGUGCAAGAAGAAUCUUCGAAAGCUUUUAGAUUUCCUGGAGCGUGAAGAUAAUUUCAAACAUUGAAGUAGUUUUUACGUAUCAUCUGCAGUAGGCCAUUGUGAGUGCUCUCCAAGUAUCUCUGUGUACAUAAUGCCAAUAUUCUUCACUCUUUCUAAAUCACCCGCCUACUCACUUUCGAAACAUCCUUUAAAUGCCGAAACACCGCCAACGCUGUUAUAAUCCCGAUAAGCAUUUCUUAUAUAAAUUAUU